UGCAGUCAGCUUUGCAGACAGAAACGUUAUUAAAGUGGCUUCGUGUGUGUAUGUGUGUGUGCACUGCCACUUCUUGGUGUUGUGUUCAUGGUUUUUGUCUUCUAUGUAGGUAUGUCUAUCUGAAAAGCUUGUUAAACUGCGCACAGGCUGACACUUGAUGUUUGCCGGUUUGAGUCUGUAGGCUGCUAGCUGCUACGUUAGCUGACCCAUAGUGCACCUGAAGCUAACGUUACCAGAGGCAGCUAAGCUCGUCCUUGAUAUCCUGAACAGACAGCUGCUCAAGUCCCUGUGUGCGUCUACACAACGUGACAUUUUUGGCAUUUAACGUGCUGAACCAGUCACUAACUUGCGUUGCACUUUACACCAUUGCUGAGACCUACACUAUAUUUUUAAUUUGACAUCAAAUGCAGUGUGUCGUUUCUCCUGCAACCUGCACCAGUUGGCACUAUGCCCGCAGCUACUGUGGAUCACAGCCAAAGAAUAUGUGAGGUUUGGGCCAACAACCUGGAGGAGGAGCUGAAGAGGAUCAGACAUGUCAUCCGAAAGUAUAACUACAUCGCUAUGGACACAGAGUUUCCAGGUGUGGUUGCCAGACCAAUUGGAGAGUUCAGAAGCAAUGCUGAUUAUCAGUACCAGUUACUCCGGUGCAAUGUGGAUUUGCUCAAGAUAAUCCAGCUGGGCCUCACAUUUAUGAAUGAACAGGGCGAAUAUCCUCCUGGAACAUCAACAUGGCAGUUUAAUUUUAAGUUUAACCUCACAGAGGACAUGUAUGCACAGGACUCCAUUGAGCUCCUGACCACUUCAGGGAUUCAGUUCAAGAAGCACGAGGAUGAAGGCAUCGAGACACUGUACUUUGCAGAGCUACUGAUGACGUCAGGCGUGGUGCUCUGUGAUGGAGUCAAGUGGUUGUCUUUCCAUAGUGGCUAUGACUUUGGAUACCUGAUCAAGAUUCUGUCCAAUGCCAACCUGCCAGAGGAGGAGGUGGACUUCUUUGAGAUUCUUCGCCUGUACUUCCCUGUCAUUUAUGAUGUCAAGUACCUCAUGAAGAGCUGUAAGAAUCUGAAGGGCGGUCUGCAGGAAGUAGCUGAGCAGCUGGAGCUGGAAAGGAUCGGACCCCAGCAUCAGGCCGGAUCUGACUCUUUACUCACAGGAAUGGCUUUCUUUAAGAUGAGAGAGAUGUUCUUUGAGGAUCAUAUCGAUGACGCUAAGUACUGUGGUCACUUGUACGGGCUGGGCUCCGGCUCAGCCUACGUCCAGAACGGAACAGGAAACGCUUACGAAGAGGAGGCGAACAAGCAGCAGUCGUGACAUCACUCUGAAACUCUCCCAUCCUGCAGUUCACAUCCACGCUCAGCGCCGCGCUGAGAGGUCAAGCUUUCAACAGCCGGAAGAAAAUAAUGGAAGAACACAUAAAAACAUCCACGCACCAUGUAGCCCGCUGUCUGUCAUAGGCUCUGCUCACCUUAGACUAUUGAACAUGAAGGGUCCAUCAGUUGUCCUCCCACAUACAGCUGGUGUGUAUGUGUGUGAGUCUAGUCUUUUAUUCCUACGAAGCAGCGUAGAUGGUCUGGUUGAUUCAGUUAAAUUUAACAUGCAAAUGCUUGAGAAGAUGGGGAUUUUAGUUUUCCUAAAAAAUGUUCUGUAGAAAUUUUUGCACUUUAAAGCUCUAACCUGAUUUUAUAUGGAAAGCUGAAAAAAAAAUUCCUGGCGUGUCUCUCCUCUUUGUUGCCUUCUCUAUGUUCCCACUUUUACAUUGUGGACAUCUGUCUUAUCAUAACAACAGCCGCUCUCACCACGCUCAGCCUUAAUAUUAGCUGCAUUCUUAUCUUUUAAACUUUAAUUUAUUGUCGGUUAUCUGACAGCGAGUAGAUGAUCCAUUCAACACUAAGACAACACACGUCAGUACACUCCUCCCUCUGCAUCAGGGAGCUUUGUGUGUUUACAUGCACAUGACUAUCUCAUUGUACUCAGCUUGUUACUUUUCAGUUUGUUCAUAUUAAGAAAAUGUUCAUAAAGACCUGAAUAAGAUCUGAUCCCACUGUGAGCAGCCUUUCACUAAGAAGCCGUUGUAUUAUGUUUAAAGGUGGGUCGCUCAAACAAGUGAGCACUAGUGUUUUGUAUUUUUGUUUGCUGUUUUUCUUGUCUGCAUUCACGGUACUGGAAUAGCAUACAGUGAUGUUGGCAGUAUGUACUCAGAUGCAUACAGAUGCACAAGUUUUCAUUAUUUAGGUUGUUAAGGAAGCACCUUCAUUGACAGAAGCACAUAUAAACAGAUGCAUCACCCAAGUGAACUGGUUAGACACCAAAUGAACCAGACCAUCAAAAUCAAUAUAUCAAACAUAGCUGCACACACCGCUGAGGUUCCUCUCAACUACUCUGGUGAGAGUAGAUUUUCACUUUUAAUUAAGGUUUUCUAGAGUUUUAGUGUUGUUAUAAAAGAGGAAAAAACCUUUUACUCAUUGGAAGAAAAAAAACAUUGGUUUUUAACAUGCACCUUUUGUUCCGGUGGAGUUCAUUUCACUAGUAGUUCAGGCCUUUUUUUGUUGUUUUUUUUCCAUUCAUGCUGCGUAGAUCAGCUGCAUGUACUAAAACGUUUGAAUAAAUGCUGUGUUGUUGAAUAGUAUCCUGAACUUCCAUAGGUGUGUGUUGAAGUGUAGGCUCACACAACUUAUUAACCUGCCUCUUUGUCAAAUACCUGAAGAAGCUCGCUCGUUUUCUUUUUGCAGCACAUUUCUCACACUGUAAAGGAGUUUAAAGAAGAAUAUGCAAUAUACAGGAGGAUUGUUUUUAGAGUAUUUUGUAAAUAAAGGCUUGAAAGUUUUCUACUAUGA